AUGAAUUUUAUCACCAAACAAAUAGAAAAAAAAUUGGGUGUGGAUCUAAAUGGAGAUGGCAUAAUCGGUUCAGAAGGUAUUGUUAGUAAAAUUGAAAAAGCUACACAUAUAGAUUUCAAUGGUGAUGGACGGAUUGGUGCUCAACCUAGAUAUCCACCUUAUCAUCAUGGCUAUGGUGGUCCUUCUUAUCCUCCCAAUUAUCAUCAACCUGGUAAUAAUCCUGGCCUGAUCAAUGAACUUGAGAAGGCCACAAAUAUGGAUCUUAAUCAUGAUGGACGCAUUGGUGGGCAACCUAAUUAUCCAUCAUAUGGUGGUCCUCCUCCUCCAAAUUUCUACCCACCUAGUAUCAAUCCUGGCCUGAUCAGUGGCCCACCGAAUUAUCCACCGUAUAGUGGUUCUCCUUAUCCACCAAACUAUGGUCCGUACGGUGGUCCUCCUCCUCCACAUUUUCCACCAUCUGGUAACAAUGCUGGUAUAAUCAAUGAACUUGAGAAGGCUACCAAUAUUGAUCUCAAUCGCGACGGACGCAUUGGUGGUUCACCAAAUUAUCCUUCUUAUAACCAGCCAUAUGGCGGCGAAUCUUGUGCCUCGCACUAUGGUUCAUAUAAUGGUCCACCUCCUCCAAAUUUCUACACACCUGGUAAUGGUGCUGGUCUAAUCGGUGAAUUUGAGAAAGCUACAAAUAUUGAUCUUAACCAUGACGGACGCAUUGGUUAA